GCCAUAUCCUCCGCAACGAGCCAUAAAUAGCACAUCCACCCGGGCUCUAUUCGACAGAAGAAAAAAAUCUCCAACCGCUAUUUUAUAGUAUUUCCUCCUUCCUAAUAAUUAGCUUAUUCCAUUGUUCCCAUAAAGAGACCAAUGACAAUGAAGCUUGCCAUAACCCUCCUAGUGACCCUGCCAUUAUUGGUCAGCAGCCAGAAAUGUGGCGGGGCACAUAUUAAAUCCGGUCAAGCAACUUGUACCUGUAACCCUGAUGGCAGUAUUUCCUGCAGUUCAUUCCAAAUCUGCGGUGUCGGCAAUAACAAUGCGCAAGCACAAAUUACUGCUGACUUUACUGCUACUGUGACUUGCAGAAACAAAGGAGGCAAUAUCGUUGAAGUCAAGACGCAGAACGUCCCUGCCGAAAACUCUUCACCAAUCCUCAGGCCCGAUAGAAAUGGUUGCUUGACGGUCCCAUCGCUGUCUGUAACAGCGCCACAAGACCAGGAUUUCUUUGAUGCUGCAGUUUGCCCAAACGGAAACUGGGAGAAGUCUCUCAGAGGAAAUCCCACGACGACUGGCUUCAGCUAUGAUGUAUUUUUCCCUAGCUCUGGAUGUGAAUUUGUCUCGAUCGACACAUGUGCUUGAUGAAGUGCAACUUUUCAAAAGGCGUAUUCUUUGCGACAAACUGGAGAGCGGUGCAAUGGUCAAUUCCAUGAGGACGAAUUUUAGCUAUAAUCUUGUCUGGUUUCAUAUGUUUGUUUAUCUAGCUGACACAUGUGUUUGAUUGAACACAACUUUCAAAAGUAAUAUUCUUUGUAAUUAACUUGGAGGGGAGAGGUGUAAUGGGUAAAGUGAUUCCUUUCUAAUUAUGGGCCGUGUCGGCGAAUUUGUCUUUUCAUUCAAGUCUAUUAAAUAAUCACCCAUUGAUCUGAUGAAUGG